CCACUAUAGCCAGUGAACCUUCGACUAGCACUUCGGAAAUUCAAACAAAUACUCCAGAGCCUUCCCAACUCGAAGUACUUGCAUUAAAUUAUCUUCGAAAUCAAGAGAUUUCAACUAUCCCCAGCAGAAUUCCAAAACUCAAUCCUUGCAGUAUUUGCCAAAGAGUAAUCCUAAAAUUCCGAUUCCAAUCGUUCGUUGUGUUGGGUUGCGAACACCUUUUCCACCGCCAAUGUCUUGAGAAUUAUAUUAUGCAAGGAGAAACAGAUCCUUUUACUCUUACAUGCCCUUCGUGUAAUAUAACCAUUGAGCUGACUAGAGAAGAAGCAGUACUCGCCUCUGGAAAAUAUCAUCUUCAGAAAAAACAAACUGACACUGGACAGGAUGAUGAGGAGUUCAUGUCUUUGCUAGGAUUGGUAGAAGAUGGCUCUCGUGCUGGACAAGGAAGUCAGUCGAAGCAAGCCACUAUGCAAGAUCAGGCAACAAGUCCAAUCAUGAUUGAGGAUGAUGAUGAUAACCAGUCUAAUUCUGAUAACUUGGAGAAUCAAUCUAAUGCAAAUAGCGGGGAUGACACCAAUGUGCAAGAAAGUGAAUCUCAAUCAAGAAGAAAUUCAUCAAGAAGACGGACCUCUCCAAGAAUCACUCGUGAACAAGAAAAAUUCCAGGCCCUGUUGCAAGAGUUAUCUACGACCUGUCUCUUAUACACAUCUAGAUCUGAAAAUGUUGAUUAUGAGGAGGAGGAUGCUAAUGGAUCUGUAUCACAAAGCUUAGCCCGAUUAUAUCAAAAGGCAACUCGUGCUGGAUUACGCGUUACAAAGGCAAAUCAAGAUGAAAUUUUAUGUUGGUAUAAAUAUGCUGAAGGGUUCAAAAAUAGGGUUAGGGAAAUUAGAUCUCAAGAUUCAUCGGCUACCGAUCCAACAGCUAGGAGUCGGGUAUACCGUGAAGUUACACAGCAUCUUCCAGGAAUUACAGAAGCAAAUUUGCGUAAGAAAACCCAGAAAGCAAGGAAUAUAUACAAGGUGUUUGUUAGGAUAGGAACAAACAAGAUCAAGCGGGUGAAAUCAUUUAGUGCUGAUGCUAUUUCAAGCUUAUCUAGUACCCAGAUUCAAAGUAUUAUAGACCGUUUCUCGUAA